AUGGGAUCCAACGUUGAGCUGGUAUGGCCAGAGUCAGAGGCAUAUUCCUCACGGGUGAACAACUGCUCACAUGCAAAUUCAUCCCUAGCUGUAAUUCGAGCGAAGUUGAGUGCCGAACAAUUAGAACAAUUCAAGACAUCAUGCUUUGGCCAUCUUCUGAAUAUAGAUAAGAUUCAGUUUAGCGGGCAGAUUGUGCAUGGGGUUGUGUUGCGUAGAGUAGCGGGGCAGGGUGUGAAAGACUUGGAUGGACUGAGUUUCUUAAUAGGGUGCGACGUUGCUCAGUUCACUCGUCAGGAUUUCUGUUUGAUCUCAGGGCUUCGUUUUGGGGAAGUGCCUGAAGUUUCCAGUGGAGAAAGUGAUGAAAUUAGACUUCAGAAAAGAUAUUUUAUAGACGAAGGAAUUACAUGUAAUGCUUUAGAAGAAACAUUUGUGAGGUGCACAGAGGAAGAUGACGUCUACAAGCUAGCUCUUGUUUACUUUGCUGAGUUAGUGGUUUUGGGAAGGGACAAACAUUUGAACAUCAAUCUAAAUUACCUGACCCUUGUAGAGGACUUGGAUGCGUUCAACAGGUUUCCAUGGGGUUCGGUGUCGUUUGACAAAACCCAAGACAGUCUGUUUUCUGCACCAACAAAGUAUGUGAAAAGCUUUGAAAAUGAAGAGGGAAGAGGGAAGGGGAAAUGUAAGGUAACCGGAACAAGCCGGAGAAAUGAGAAGGGCAAGAAGGAUAACCAUGGUGAAGUGCAAAGGGGUGGCUGGAGUUUUAAAGGUUUCACGUAUGCUUUCCAGAUUUGGGUAUAUGAAUUAAUUCCUAGAAUGGUGGACCUGAAUUACUGCAAGGUUGUUGAUCCGACAGCUCUCCCGCGUAUUUUGCGAUGGAGAACUACUACGUCUGUUCCCGAGAUGAGAAAGUUGAACAAUUAUUUUUUCCAGAGCAAAGAGUCAGUUCAGUUGCGGGCGCUAUGUCCAAGUGAAGAGGAAAUGAGACAACCAUAUUGGAGUUGGCCACAGGGUCGCCCUGCUGUUGUCUCGGCAGAGUCAAUUCCUUCUUCAUGUGCUGACCUUGAUGAGUUGAACAAGGCGGUAAGCUUGUUGAGGUCCGAGUUGUUUCAAGUAAAGCGGGAAAAGGACGUCCUUGAGUUAAAGGUCAUACGGAUGGAAAAAAAUUUGGGCCACUGUUUAGGUCCUCAUUUUGAGCAGGAAGUGAGAAGGGACAUAGCUUUACUGAAAGAGAGGACGAAUCGUUGUGUCGUGUCACAUCUAUUUAAGGGAUAUGAGGAAGUGGAUGGCAUGCAAUGGGAUGAAGGGCCAAGUAAUAGAAAUGAAGGAGAGGCAAAUGAAGAGGAGGACAUUGAAGGGGGUGAAGGGCCAAAUAACAGAAAUGAGGGAGAGGACAAGGAAGAGGAGGGGAUUGAAAGGGGUGAAGGGGCAAGUAAGACAAAUGAGGGAGAGGAAAAGGAAGAGGAGGGGAUUGAAGGGGGUGAAGUGCCAAGUAAGAGAAAUGAGGGAGAGGAAAAGGAAGAGAAGGGGAUUGAAGGAGGCCAAGUGCAAAGAAAACCAAGGGAGGUAGAGGAAGCUCAAAGGAAAAGAAGUGAGGGAGAGCAAGUGAAAAUAAAAAGCAGCAAAGGAGAGGAAGCGCAAAGAAAGAGCAUUGAGGGAGAGGAAGAACUGCAAAGAAAAAGCAGUGAGGGAGAGGAAAAAAAAAAAAAAAAAAAAAAAAAAGGGCAAGGAAGUGAAAAGACAGAGAAGUGA